AUGUUACCAUUUUGUCAACGACUUUCUGGUUAUUGUGCUAAUGAAUUUUCUUCAGAUGCUUUUGAAUUAAAAGGAUUAAAACUUCAUUUUGAUCAAUUUGAGGGAUGGACAAAAUUAGGGGGAUGUGAAGGGACACUUAACAGUUCAUUAAAAUUACAAAAACUUGUAGAACUUGUGUGUGCAUAUUCUUGUAAUAAAUGUGAAGUAUUUGAUGGUGAGGAUAAACUUUGAAUAAUUAAAAAUUAUCUGACACAGAAUUUAAUGGAAUUUAAAAUAAUAACAUCACUGGAAACGUUUUUAGUUAACAUAAAAGAAAGAGAGAGAGAGAAAAGGUUCCUUUCCUCAAUGCCAUAUUUACUAAAAUAAUUACC